GGCCAAAUCACAAAACUUCAUUCUUCAGAAAAUCAUAAACAGUGCAAGACGUAAAAUCAAUUUGCUCCGUGGAAAAGACGCCAUUUUGAAAAAAUAUUUUGGACGAAAUACAAGUAUUAAUUUGUGAUAUUAAAUGAAGACUGUGCUAAAAACGAUUCAAAUAAAGUAAAGUCUUAACACGCAAACAAGAGAAGAAGAAGCAAGAAAUUCGUUUUUGAUCGAGCAUCAUAUUUCUUCUUUUCAUUCUUAUUUUCGUCCGUGCUUAACAGCAGAAGAAGAAAAAAAUAAAAAUAAAUAAAAAGAGCGUUGAAAGCACAAGAAGAGACAAAUUAAUACAGUGGCAGUCAUCCAGCCUCAGCCAUGGAUGAUGAUCAGCAAUUUUGCUUGAGAUGGAACAACCAUCAAAGUACGCUGAUAUCAGUGUUUGAUACAUUAUUGGAGAAUGGAACUCUCGUCGAUUGCACAUUGGCAGCAGAAGGAAAAUUCCUGAAAGCACACAAAGUUGUUCUUUCAGCAUGCAGCCCAUACUUUGCUACGCUGUUAUCUCAACAAUAUGAUAAACAUCCCAUCUUCAUUCUCAAGGAUGUUAAAUUUCAAGAGCUUCGUGCCAUGAUGGAUUAUAUGUAUCGUGGCGAAGUAAAUAUUUCGCAAGACCAACUAGCGGCACUUUUGAAAGCCGCUGAAUCACUCCAAAUUAAAGGUCUCUCUGAUAGCCGUGGUGGUGGUAAUUCCACCAAUAUGCCAUCUCAAGCACAUUUGAAAAGUGAGGUGAAGUCAUCACAUGUACCUGCACCAAAGGCUUCAGGCUUAACCAUAGAAAACAAAAGACCUCUCAGAACAGACUUCGAUGCAGAUGUUUCGGGUUCACGAGAAGGCUCAGUUUCGCCAUCAACUCGUAAGCGCAAAAAAGUGAAUCAGCGUCGCAAGAGCUUAGCCGAAUCAAAUAAUUUGUUAGGCUAUCAUUGGAAUAUGGACAACCGAAGUCAGGAAUCACAGGAAGCAGCUGGACAACACAGAGACGCACAAGAUUAG